UUUUAUUUUUAUUUUUUCACCUUUUCAUCUGUACACACAUCAACAUUAUUGUUAUGCAUAAUAUUAUUACCACUUCACCAACUUCAUCUACGAUAUUUAUAUCUGGAGUUCGUAUCUCUUCCUCACUUUUACCCAAACCUUCUCUCUCCGCAACCUCCUCACUUCCGAUCAGAUCGCCGCCCUUCCGUUCCGUUUCGCGGUGGUGUUACGGUGUUGAUUGGAGAUCUCCGGUGAUUCCUAGGGCUCAGAUCGAAUCCGUUACUCCUGUUGUUCAACAGUUUCAACGAAAGAUCGCUUCCAUGGCUUCUGAAAAUCCUUUCAAGGGCAUAUUCACCACUCUCCCUCGACCCGGAGGAGGCGAGUUCGGAAAGUUUUACAGUCUUCCUGCUCUAAAUGAUCCCAGGAUUGACAAGCUCCCUUACUCCAUCAGGAUUCUUCUGGAGUCUGCCAUUCGCAACUGUGAUAAUUUUCAAGUUACCCCGAAUGAUGUUGAAAAGAUCAUUGACUGGGAAAACACUUCACCGAAGCAAGUGGAGAUUCCGUUCAAACCUGCUCGUGUUCUCUUACAGGAUUUUACUGGAGUUCCAGCUGUAGUUGACCUUGCUUGUAUGCGAGAUGCUAUGAACAAGCUCGGCGGUGACUCUAAGAAGAUCAAUCCACUGGUGCCAGUAGACCUUGUGAUUGACCAUUCAGUUCAAGUUGAUGUUGCAAGAAGUGCAAAUGCUGUUCAAGCAAACAUGGACCUUGAAUUUCAACGCAACUAUGAGCGGUUUGCUUUUUUGAAAUGGGGGUCACAUGCUUUCGACAACAUGCUUGUAGUUCCUCCUGGUUCUGGUAUAGUUCACCAGGUCAACUUAGAGUAUCUUGGACGCGUUGUUUUCAAUACUGAUGGAAUUCUAUAUCCCGACAGCGUUGUCGGAACCGAUUCCCACACAACCAUGAUUGACGGGUUAGGAGUAGCUGGUUGGGGAGUUGGAGGAAUUGAAGCAGAGGCAACAAUGCUUGGACAGCCGAUGAGCAUGGUUUUACCUGGUGUAGUUGGAUUCAAGUUGUCUGGAAAGUUGCAAAAUGGUGUUACAGCCACUGAUUUGGUGUUAACCGUGACUCAGAUGCUAAGAAAGCAUGGUGUUGUUGGCAAAUUCGUUGAGUUCUAUGGUGAGGGCAUGAGCGGACUGUCAUUGGCUGAUAGAGCGACUAUUGCAAAUAUGUCACCCGAGUAUGGUGCAACCAUGGGUUUCUUCCCAGUAGAUCAUGUUACACUGCAGUACCUUAAGUUAACAGGAAGAAGUGAUGAUACUGUUGCUAUGAUUGAAGCAUACUUGCGAGCAAACAAAAUGUUUGUUGAUUACAGCGAGCCACAACAAGAGAAAGUUUACUCGUCUUAUCUGGAACUGGACUUAAGCGAUGUUGAACCCUGUAUUUCUGGUCCCAAACGGCCACAUGACCGUGUUCCCAUAAAGGACAUGAAGGCCGACUGGCAUUCAUGCCUUGAUAACAAAGUUGGAUUUAAGGGGUUUGCGGUACCAAAGGAGGCACAAGAGAAAGUUGUCAGCUUUUCAUUUGGAGGACAAACUGCUGAACUGAAACACGGUAGUGUUGUGAUAGCAGCCAUUACAAGCUGUACAAAUACAUCAAACCCUAGUGUCAUGCUUGGGGCAGGUCUUGUUGCAAAGAAGGCUUGUGAACUUGGUUUAGAGGUUAAACCAUGGGUAAAAACAAGUCUUGCUCCAGGUUCCGGUGUUGUUACAAAAUACUUAGAACGAAGUGGCCUGCAAAAGUACUUGGACCAACAGGGAUUCAAUAUAGUGGGCUAUGGCUGCACCACAUGUAUUGGGAACUCGGGAGAUCUUCAUGAGUCAGUUGCUGCUGCAAUUACAGACAAUGAUAUUGUUGCUGCAGCUGUUCUUUCCGGAAAUCGAAAUUUUGAAGGUCGUGUUCAUCCGUUAACAAGGGCCAACUAUCUUGCUUCACCUCCCUUGGUUGUUGCAUAUGCACUUGCGGGCACAGUUGACAUCGACUUCGAGAAGGAGCCAAUUGGGACAACAAAGGAUGGAAAGAGUGUGUACUUUAAGGAUGUUUGGCCAAGUACCGAAGAAAUUGCUGAGGUGGUUCAAUCAAGUGUGUUACCAGAUAUGUUCAGGAGUACCUACGAUGCCAUCACACUGGGCAAUCCAAUGUGGAACAAAUUAUCUGUCCCCUCAUCCAGUCUCUAUUCAUGGAACCCAAAGUCAACAUACAUUCACGAACCACCGUAUUUCAAGGACAUGACCAUGGACCCACCAGGUCCACAUGGAGUGAAGGAUGCUUACUGUUUGCUCAAUUUCGGUGACAGCAUCACCACCGACCACAUAUCUCCAGCUGGCAGUAUCCAUAAGGACAGCCCGGCUGCAAAGUACCUCCUUGACCGUGGUGUUGACCGUAGGGACUUCAACUCUUAUGGUAGCCGUCGUGGCAAUGAUGAAGUAAUGGCCAGAGGAACGUUUGCCAAUAUCCGCAUUGUUAAUAAGCUAUUGAACGGGGAGGUUGGCCCCAAAACCAUUCACAUUCCCACUGGAGAAAAGCUUUCUGUGUUUGAUGUAGCAAUGAGGUACAAAGAAGCUGGACUCGACACAAUCGUUUUGGCUGGAGCUGAAUAUGGAAGUGGAAGUUCACGAGACUGGGCUGCUAAAGGUCCAAUGCUACAGGGGGUGAAAGCGGUGAUAGCCAAGAGUUUCGAGAGAAUCCAUAGGAGCAACUUGGUUGGAAUGGGUAUCAUUCCACUUUGUUUCAAGGCUGGUGAAGAUGCAGAUACUCUUGGUUUGACCGGCCAUGAACGAUACACCAUUGACCUACCAUCAAAAGCCAGUGACAUAAAACCCGGUCAAGAUGUUACUGUUACCACUGACAAUGGUAAAUCCUUCACAUGUACAAUCAGAUUUGACACACAGGUAGAGUUGACAUAUUUUGAUCAUGGCGGCAUCCUUCCGUACGUGAUUAGGAAUCUCAUCAAGAAAUAAAGACAACUCAGAUGUUGAAGCUUAAAAAUGCAAGUGGAUUGACUUCUCUUUUUCUCAUUUUAAUAAAGUCGAAUUCACUUUCUAUUUAACAGGAUUUUUGGGGUUGUGGAUUGUUUGUAUUUCGGAUUUUUGUAGCAAUUUACAUGUGGUCCUGGUUGUGCACUUUUUUAAUGUCUGUUGCUGGUCCUGGUUA